AUGGCUACUGACUGGCAACCAGAGUGCCUUGUGCCUCAGAACCAGCCGUCCCUCGAUACUGUAGGAGCCCAUUCAGAUCGGGCUUUGCAGAACACAUCGGGGAAUGUUCAGUCAUACUCCGAUGCUUUAGCACAUGGUGAUAUAAUUGCUCGUGAUGAACAUCUCCAGCAAUUGGCAUACAAGUAUCCUCAAUCUGCUGUGCCUCACCAAGUACCACCUCCUGGCCUGCACCAGCACCAACAACAACAACAACAGCAUCAACAAGCUAUCGCUGCCCGGCUCCACGCACGUAAGGUUCGUCGACUUCACUCAGUGGGCCCUAAUGUAGCUCCUCGCCGAGGCCGAAGCUAUCUUAAGUCUCAGAAGUAUCUGGAAUAUCGAGCGCGUCCUCGACGGGAUACUGGCAAGGAUGGGGAGCCGGUCUGGUCUGACGAGUUGGAGGAUGCGUUCCAGCAGGCCCUCGAAGCAAACCCACCUAUGGGUCGACGAAAGUGGUCUGAGCGAGGGAAGUCAUAUGGCCGGAACGAGUUGAUUGCUGAGUAUAUUGCCAAAUUGACUGGCAAGCGACGAACCCGGAAGCAGGUAUCAAGUCACCUCCAGGUACUUGACUCGUUUCUUAAGGGCGACCCGGACUGGGAGCGUCUCGUUCGUGAACAGGGCACAGAUCGAUCAAGUGGGCAUUCUCAAUCCGGUGGCCCUAAGUGGCGAUCUUCAAUUGAUGGAGGGUCUAGUCACUAUGGAGCCCCAGCGCACCCAAGCUAUCAUGACCCUAUGAGAUCGAUGAACCCCUAUACUGGAGACUUGCCUCCGCCUCACUAUACAUUGGGAUCCAAUAUGCAGGAAGCGAGCACAAAAGGCAUACACGGGUUUAGUUUCGACAUGUGGGUUAGCGCGCCUCAGCAGGCUAACCGCAUUGACAAAGCCUUGCAUGCUUAUACUCGUCUUCAAGGAGAUCUUCAUCACCCUGGUGCUGCCCCAACUCCUUUGGAAAAUGUCAAUGGUUGGCGGACAUCCUUCCCUCAACUAGCUUCCAUCAUGGAUGAGUCCAGUGGUCCUCUUGACUGUGACAUAAUUAUGUUGGAAGUUAACCUGCAACUCAUGAAUGACUUCCCUCCUUCAGGCUCUCGCCUGGGUAUUCAAUUAGAUCUUGAUUUUGCUCAUCCUACUGCUGGAGAUGUCCUCAUGGUCAACCAGAUGGAAAACUGGACUUGCAACACAAACAUGUAUGAAGGCGGGCGGGUAUUAUGGGAAUCGAAUCAUGAUCUACCAAAGCCUCAAUCAACCAAGAUCAAGCCUCUCUUUGAAUCACAGUGGUGGGCCAGACUCUUCACCGAAUUGACCCAAGACAAGCGCAUUGCGGAAGAUUCUGGAAAUCCUGAAUCUGUUCAAACUACCGACGGUCGCAAUCGACAAUAUCUGCGUUCACUCUCCGCAGUUCAAGAACUACGUGCCGUUCCUCCAAGUUCCAGGCGUCUGUCCAAUCAAUUCCAGGGCCAACAAGAUGACAGUGAACGGAUGGCUAUCUUAGUCUGGAAAUUCCGUCAGACACGUCCCGGAGAAGUCGGCACAACUACUUGGCGCCGUCUGAUUCCACCACCUGAUCGCACUGAAACCAACAGCCCGCGACCAGCUGCUGGUAUUGAUCUUCCUCCUCUUUCCCUGGACUCCAUCCUCCUCAACAAGCCUUCUCAAAGCGUAUACCAAGCGCCACACCCUCAUGAUCUAAUUCACCAAGGCCAACCUCAAUCGCAAUGGCCUAUGUAUCCAUCCUCCCACGAUAAUGUGGCUAAUCUAUUUAAUUCAUCGGGUCACCUUGACUUCAUGACCGCGAUCACAAAACCCGAAGAUGGGUUUGGUGACAAAACAGCAGUCACCUCUGUGCUAGACUCUUUCUCAACAAGUCUUGCUCCCGAAACUUCUCAACCCACCAGUCUCAGCAUCACUAGCGGUGGGCCCGUUAUGAUGAACAUGCACGACAUCCCUCUUUCUCAUCCAUCUCUUGGCUACAAUAUGAGCCAUGAUGCCAACCACUAUGUGCCAUCUCAGCAGCACGGUGUCAACCUUCAUGACAACAACAAUGUUCUGAAUGGCUUAUUUACACCUGGCGCUCAAUCCCUGGAUGACCUUGGACACAGCCAAGGAUCAUGGGGAGCACACUCUACCUCGAUCCCCGGCCACGUUAAUGCCGGCGGAUAUCACCACAUUCCAUUCCAAGAUCAACAAGGCCCUGUCCCGCGUGAGUCCCAACAAUCGCACCAUUUCGAUGGCCUUCUGCCAUCUGAUGACUUAAUGGACAAUCUUGUCGGACGCAUGUCCAACGGUCCUAGUAUGCACGGGGCAGGCCCCGAGCAUGCGAAUACUGGCUACCCAGACAAUGGAGCUGUGGACGCAGUUUAA